UCCGAGGGUCAGAGGUUAAGUGGGCGUGGCCUUACAGUGUCCCUCUUCUCCUAAAGUCACCCAGUUGUCCUGGUUUAGUUGAGACAUUGAACACAUCAUGUGUCUGAGGAGCUGCUGCAGUGUCUGGAUCCUGCUGACAGGCAUCGCUGCUGCUGCAGUGUUUGUGGAGAAGCACGAGGCCAACGUGGUGCUGCAAAGAUGGCGGCGUGCGAACAGCGGCUUCCUGGAGGAGCUGCAAAGAGGAAACCUGGAGAGAGAGUGCGUCGAAGAGGUGUGCGACUACGAGGAGGCGCGGGAAGUUUUCGAGGAUGAUGACAAGACGAAAAAAUUCUGGCUGAUGUACGAACGUCGUGACCCCUGCCUGGAGAACCCGUGUCUUAACCACGGCUCGUGUGUCUACAUGGGGACAACCUACCAGUGUUUCUGUCCCGACGGGUUCGGAGGGCAGUACUGCGAGAAAGCCGUGGAGGACUUACUGAAGUGUGUUUAUCAGAACGGCGGCUGUGAGCAUUUCUGCGAUGGUUCAGGAGAACGCCACAAAUGUUUCUGUGCAGGCGGAUACCAGCUGGGAGGAGACGGACGCCAGUGUGUCGCUCAGGACGAGUUUCCAUGUGGUCGUGUGGUGAACCAGGGGGUGCAGGAUCUGACCCGGCAGGUGGGGACGGACCACUGUCCCAGAGGGGAGUGUCCCUGGCAGGUUCUGCUUCAGUUAAACGGAAACAGUCACUGUGGAGGAGUUCUGAUCAAUCCUGAUUGGGUCAUAACCGCUGCCCACUGUAUCCAUGGCAACAACCCCCAAAACCUCACUGUGGUGGCAGGGGAACACAACUUGGACGUAGAGGAGGGCACAGAACAGAGUAUACCUGUUUCCAUGGCGAUCGCCCAUGAAGGUUACGUCCACGCGACGGCCGACAGCGACGUCGCUUUACUGCGCCUGAGUCGACCCGCCACCUUGAACCGCCAUGUUGUCCCUGUCUGCCUGCCGACUAAAACCCUGGCGCAGCGCGAGCUCCAGCCGACCCGUUACCACAAAGUGUCGGGGUGGGGCCUGAGGAUCACCGGGGGCAACGGGGAGAAAGAUUCGGUCAACACCGCCGCGGUCUCCCCCAUCCUCCGUAAAUUUACCGUCCCCAUGAUCCCGACCUCCCAGUGCUCCCCAGGCUCCGCCCAGUUCAACUUCAGCAGCAACUUGCUGUGCGCGGGGUACAUGGAGAUUGACCACCUGAGUUGCCGUGGAGACGACGGAAGCCCGUUGGUCACGCCCUACGGCUCCACCCACUUCCUGACAGGUGUGGUGGCCUGGGGGCAGGGCUGUUCCCCAAAGGGGAUUUAUGGGGUUUACACCAACAUGGCCAACUAUGUGGACUGGGUGGAGGGCAUCAUGAAAGACCCGCCCACUGCAUCGACAGCCAAUGAGAAGGCAGCUUUAGACCUGCUGGAACAGAAACACAUUUAAACAUUCACAGAAACAUCCUGAGUGUUUUAAUAAAGCUGUCAGCUUUACUUUGUUCUGUUCUCUCAGAUUUCCCCUCGAUGUUAAAAUCCUGAAGGCUUCAGGUUUAGGAUUCAUGUCUGUGUACAGUUCUUAUCUGAGGAUGAAUAAACGAUGGACUUUAAAAACACUGGAUCCUUCAUGGUCAUUGAAAAGAUACAAACAUAAACAUCUGGUCACACUUUACUAUCAACAAUGUUCUUUAGUAUCAACCACAGACUGUAAGGUAUCAACGGUCAUAUUUAGUUUAUACGACUAAGAGAUCGUCGUUUCCAACGCUAAAAGAAAGAAAUAAAGUCGUUCUAAUGAACAAAGU